UAAAUCCUCUUUCCAGUUCCAUGUUCCAAACUCGGGCAUGGCCAGUGACACUAAUUUUACACUCUUUUCUGUGUUGCAAAAGACGCAUCUCUGCAUGGUUGAUUUAGUCAUAUUUGGAUACUGACUUGUUGAAAGGUUGUUGGGUGGUUACUGCAACUCACUACCAACCAGACAAACCAAAACCCACUGUCAAUUACGCCAUUUUUUUUCUUCUUUUCAUUAUACAAUGCGAAAAACCAACACCGUUUCUUCUUCCACAAGCUCUUCAACCUUCGCAUUCAACAACGACACCUCAUCACUCUCUUCAUUCUCAUUCAUUCCCUCACACCGUCGCCACCAUGUUGCGCUCUCUCUGGCGAUCCAUCGAUCGCUUCUCUUUUCAACACUUCCAAUAUGUAAUCAACGAACUGCAGAAAAUCAAAGUUGUGGACCAGAAUAACAGGGAGCUUGUGGUGGAUUUGUUGCAAUCUGUUGUGGAGAUUGUGACUUAUGGUUAUAGACAAGAUCCUCAAAUUUUUGAGUAUGAAUCUGUGGUGUUUCAUGGAACGACAAGUGCUGGCGGACUUUGUUCGCAUACUUAAGAUUAGUCAAGAUUCGAAAAUUGAGGGGCCACUGCUUCAGUAUUUGAGUAUAAUGAUUCAAAACAUGGAUAGUGAAC